AGGAAGAUAGGGACAAGGGACAAGCCCAUGUUAAAUCCACUCGAAACUCUAGACCCAACAAAAUGAAUACGUAACUCUACCCAUUUACCCAUUAGUAUAAUACAACUGCAGUUCUUCACUCCUCUCUCAACUCUUUCUUCAAUCUCCACAGCCAUAAGCUGCUUCUCCAUAAACACGGAAACAAAUCUGUAGCACUAUUUCUUUGAUCUCCAUAGCCAGAAAAAACCAUAAAAAUGCCAAGUAAACUUCACAUUUCGCCAUCAUCAAGAUCCAGAUCCCCGAUUCUCCUCCUUAUUCUCUCCUUCCUCGCUAUCUCUCUCCUUUUCCUCCUCUUUUCCCUUUCUUCCUCCCAAACCCGGAUCCUCUCCCCAUACCCGAACCCCAGUCUUGCCCUCAAACCCGAAACCUCCUUUCUCGCUUCUCUCGAGGACUUCCUCGCUGAGAAAGCUCCUAGAUCCUCUACGGUUCUCCAAGUGACCGAAGAGGAGUUGACAGAAUUAGAUGAGAAAAUUUUUAUGAGGGAGAGUGAGAGAGCGUACGGGGAUCCAUACUAUCCUCUUGAGUUUCCGAUUAGGGUUUACGUGUAUGAGAUGCCGAGGAAAUUCACCUACGAUUUGCUUUGGCUGUUUAGGAAUUCUUAUAGAGAGACUGAUAAUCUCACCUCCAAUGGCAGCCCCGUGCAUCGUUUAAUCGAACAGCAUUCCAUUGAUUAUUGGCUUUGGGCAGAUCUGAUAGCUCCAGAAUCAGAGAGGCUUUUGAAAAGUGUAGUGAGAGUUCGUAGGCAGGAGGAAGCAGAUUUGUUCUAUAUCCCUUUCUUCACUACAAUCAGCUUUUUCUUGCUUGAGAAGCAACAAUGCAAGGCUCUUUAUAGGGAAGCAUUGAAGUGGGUGACAGAUCAGCCUGCAUGGAAACGAUCUGGAGGGAGGGAUCACAUUCUUCCUGUUCAUCAUCCCUGGUCUUUCAAGUCUGUUCGGAGAUAUAUGAAAAAUGCAAUUUGGUUGCUACCUGACAUGGACUCCACGGGGAACUGGUACAAGCCAGGACAAGUGUUUUUGGAGAAAGAUCUAAUUCUUCCGUAUGUCCCCAAUGUUGAUUUGUGUGAUGCCAAGUGUUUAUCAGAAAGUGAAUCAAAAAGAAACACCCUGCUUUUCUUCCGUGGGCGGCUUAAAAGAAAUGCAGGUGGAAAGAUACGUGCUAAACUUGUAGCAGAACUAAGUGGUGCUGAUGGUGUUGUUAUAGAGGAAGGGACAGCUGGGGAGGGAGGGAAAGCAGCAGCCCAGAUUGGCAUGCGCAAGUCCAUCUUUUGCUUAAAUCCAGCUGGUGACACUCCAUCAUCCGCCAGAUUAUUUGAUGCUAUUGUCAGUGGGUGCAUCCCUGUAAUAAUUAGUGAUGAAUUGGAGCUACCUUUUGAAGGGAUUCUUGAUUAUAGAAAGAUAGCUUUAUUUGUUUCUUCUUCUAAUGCCAUGCAACCAGGGUGGUUGUUGAAAUUUUUGAAAGCUAUUAGCCCUGCUCAAAUAAGGGAAAUGCGAAGAAACCUUGGUCAGUACUCGAGGCAUUUUCUGUAUUCUAGUCCAGCUCAGUCCUUGGGUCCGGAAGACUUAGUCUGGAGAAUGAUGGCUGGUAAAUUGGUGAAUAUCAAACUUCACACUCGAAGAUCACAGCGUGUGGUGAAAGAGUCUAGGAGCAUAUGUACUUGUGAUUGUAAACGUGCGAACUUUACAGGUCCCAAUAUAGUGUAGGUUAAGAUCUCUGUUAUUUGAAAUCAUUCUUUCACGUGUGGAUAUAAACCUUUUAGUUAUUUUUCGAAGUGCCCAAAAAAAAAAAAAAACCAGAUUCACGUAUCAGCUACUUGUUUCUUGAACUGUGCUGAGAAGUUAAAUGGUAUUCGUGUUCUAUCUCUUUCCUGCA